AUGUGGUUCCAGCUUAUCGCCUUGGCGACACUGCUGCCAAACUCGAACGCAUUCAGUGUCACAACGAGCAACGAUGCAAACACUCUGGCGGCUGCAAUAUUCGGCCAGGGCAUAACUAUUCUCCAAGCAUCUUUCUCAGGUGCAUCAGUUAGUUCUGGAACGUUUGCCGAUGGACCUUUCGGUAUCGGGAGUGGUGCGAUACUCACUUCUGGUGCUGCUAUUGGAGCUCUACCCAACGGUGACCACUAUGUCAACAAUGGAGCACCUGGUUCGGACACCUAUUGCGGUUCAAACACUUUCAACGCUGCUUUGUUGACCGUCGAUAUUUUUCUCGACCCGACCUAUAACGGUAUCAAAGUUGAGAUUAUUCUUGCGUCAGAAGAAGAAGGCGGCUCUGCUGACCCCAUUGGUGUCUUUCUGGGCGGCACGCAAUAUGCUUUAGAUUCCGGUAACAGAAUAACCGCAGUCAAUCCUUAUCUUGCUAAUCCCCUUGCCAUCACCCCGCCCAAUAGCGUCACCUCAUAUCCUGGCUCGUCGCCACCUCUCUGGUUUGAUAUCUUAACCUCUGGUGCUCAAACUAUGGUCUUUGCGAUUUGUGAUCAGUCCGAUUCAGAAUGGGACUCUGGCCUCUUGAUCAAGGCUGAGGGUUGCGUUGAUUGCGAUACUGAUCUCCGCCUCGCCUAUGUGACGACCACGACUACAAUCCCGGCGGGCGAGGAUCCUUUUACCUCGACUACCACCGCUUCAGGGACUGUGUCUGGUACAAUCAGGAUCGGAGUACUAGCUACCACUAGUGAAGAGCCGACAACCACUACUGCUGAGGAAACUACAACAACUGCUGACUUUGGAACAACUACUACUACGGCCGACGAGAUCACUACUACUACCGCUGACGAAACAACAAGUACUACCGAAGCAUCCUCCACGGACUCAACUAGUGAUGACCCUACAACUACCAUCACUCAAGAGACUACUACAAUUGGAACCACCGAGAUAUCAACCGAGGCCAGCAGUACAAUCAUAUCGUCAACACAGCUGCCAGAUACUACCUCAACAACUCUUACGUCAAGUGAUACAAAGACAGAGUCUUCAACCAUUGUGACUGAGUCUGAUGUCGUCACUACAACAGCCCAAGAUUAUUCCACCGACAGUACGACAGAUACAGAGACGACCAAUAUUUCUGAUGCCCCCGUAAUUGGUACUACCACAACCUCGGUUGAUGUCGAAACACCCUCCCUAAGCUCAACAGUCUCGACCUUUACGAAUGAACCUAUUAAGAUUCCCAAUCCUGGUACUACAACGACAGCAGAGUCUCUGGAAACAACCACGGCCCAGCAGAUCGAGCCUUCAACCAACACUGCCACUCCCUCCUCCCUUAUAUCCGAGGAAGAAACGAGCUCCAGUGACGCCAUUACUUCAACAGCUGACGACGUGCCAACACCAGCAACAUCGACCGUUGCUACCUCGUCUGCCAUGCCGUCCAACCUAGCAGUGAUCGGAAACUUCAGGUUCUUCGGAUGUCUAGGAUCUCCAGAGGGCUAUCCCGGCUUUGAAUUGAUCGGUGAAACUCCCGACAUGACUACUACGGAAUGUGUAAGACUCGGAGCCGGGCGUGCUUAUAUCGGUAUCUACCUAAGAUCCUGCUAUGCAGCAGAUUCAUUAGACGCUGCCGACACAGUUGCAGAUGGCCGUUGCGAUUUACCAUGUCCUGGUGAUCCAGGCCUCUUCUGUGGUGGAGUGGUUGACACGAGCUCGGAUCCUGAAUCACGAUUCAAGUCCCGUGGACGUCUGAGCCGUCGAGAUGCUCCACCAGGCAUUCUUCUCACCUUGUAUGCUCAGAUUGAAGCCAUUUCUGGUACUCUGAGUUCUUCGGAUACUUUCAGUACUGUUGGCGCGAUAACAAGCAACUCUCUUUUACCUACUAGAGACUCUACCGUUCCCUUGCCUCUAUUCUCAAGCACACAAUCUUUCAUUAAUUCAGCUAUCACCGUUGAACCUUCCGUCCCUAUCACCCGAUCACAAGGUGGUAGACCCAUCAUCCCCCCAUUCCCAACAAGCGCCCCCUUCAAUGCGGGUAACUUUACAAGCACUAGAGUUGCAGCGGCACCAAUAGUCACUACCAUAACAUACACGGUUGUUAAUCCCAAUAACCCAUCACAGCUAACGGUGACCGAGUUUUGCAGCACCCUGAGGCCUUCUCCCUGUCGUCAGUGCCAGCACCAGCCGCGACCAACGGUGGAGAUGACAACCAUCAAAGUCGACUGCAACGCUUGUGGUCACUCGGGCGAGAACACUAUCAUUCUUGAAGUUCCAGCGGGCGCAGCUGUGGCAGCUCAGACAAGGCAGCACGCUGCUUAUCAAACUCACCGAGUGCAAUAUCACGAGCCCAGCCCCUAUGAACAGAGACCUUACCCUAUUGAGGGAGACUCUCAUAAUUGGCAAAAGCCCCGACCACAAAACGAUUUGCCCGCCACUGGAGACAGAUCACAUGAGGGCGAUGGAAGGUAUAAGUUUGAUCAACCUCAAACUUAUCACCAUCGUCCAAGCGGUGCUGGGGACUAUGAUGAAGACAAGCCGGCUGGGGUGAUCAAUACAGAACCAAGGCCUGAUGGCAAACCAACUAGUGUGACUAAGACUGAACCAAGACCGGAUGGCGAAGCAGCUGGUGGGACUGAGACUGAACCAAGGCCUGAUGAUGAACCAGCUGGUGUGACUAAGACUGAACCAAGACCUGACACGGUAGGAGGGGAUGGCCAGCCCAAGCCCCAGGAACCAACAUUCCACCGCAGGCCAGGGCCAGCAUUUACACCGGCAGCGCCGAAUGCUCCCAUCGUUGUGGUUUCAAGAGCCGUAGCGAAAACGAUGGAAGGGAUACUGAUGAUGAUGUCGCUUUUAACUGGACUUGUUUUCCUUUUGUAA